AUGGGUGGUACAUCGGUGACCAUCUCAAACCAGGACAGCCUGAAAAGCUGGCUGACGGCUGAGCUUGCGCCUUUGUGUGAUGCUGAGCUGGGUACGCUGGUCAGCUACAUUUUCGCCUUGCUGAAGAAGCCGAACAAGACCGCCGCCCAACUGAAGGCCUUUUGUCUUGCGCAACUCGAGGUCUUCCUUCAUGCAGAUACGAAGCCGUUCAUAGACAAGCUGUUCGAUGUGCUCGAGCACGACUCCUACAUCGCUGAGCGAAAUAUGACCACGAAGCAAACUGACGAGCACCACAGCGACGUCGAGUCCAACGAACGCGAAGAAUCUACAAAUGUCAAGGCGGUGGCCGAAGGCUCUGGCAUGAGAACUGCCGUGGUUUCUGAAGAAACGAAGCCGUUAAAGUGCAUCGACGGUCCUUCGAAGAUGGAUACGCUGGGUGCUCAAGCCAUGAGCCACGACGAAAAGCCGGUGAAACUACAAGUGGUUCUCAAGACGGAGCCUGAGCCGAAUUCCCAGCUCGUCGCGGAAUUGCAGGCUGUCGACGUUUCGGUGAAGCCUGUGCGAAAGCGGAUAGUCCCUCCAUCACCGGAAGCGAUGCGUAGCCGCCUCCGUUCUCCCGUCUCACACCGUCGUGAUGAGCGCCGCUCGCGCCGACGAUCUCUUGAGAAACGUCGGCGCUCUCGGUCACGCUCCCGCUCAAGAUCGCGCAGCAAUGAACGCAUGCGAGAGGAGCGUCAUAAGAAGAAAAUUAGAUGCUGCGAUUAUGAAAAGAACGGGCUCUGCAUCCGCGGCAACAAGUGCCCUUUCGAUCAUGGGCUAGAAGCGGUGACGGUUGGCAAUCCCACGAUCAAGCAGCUAUCCGGACACGGCAACAUGGAAAUCGUCAAAUUGGAACCCCAGGAACCGCCAUCUACCGGAUAUAUUCAACAACACGGAAGCACCCAGCCUCCGCCACCCGGCAUCCUUACAGAGGCUUACAAUCCUGAUUCGCCGGCGCUUGCCCCGAUGUUUAACUUCUCGGUACCACCCCCGCCAAUCGCCGUUCCAAAUGCUUCCGUUUCGCCGCAGUGGCCGGGACCAUACGGAUAUGUUCCUACCCCGCUUCACGUGCUUGCCGCCCAGAAGGCCACGGAAUCGAACAACGGCGCCUGUGUGUCGACAGCUCGUGGUCGGGGCUACUUUCGUGGACGCGGUCGCGGCGGAGGUCGAUUCGUCAGCCAGGGGCGCUGCCUUGAAGUCCGCAAUCUUCCAAUGGAGUGCAAUACCAUCGAGUCGCUGAAUGGCCACUUUUCACGCUUUGGCAAAAUUGUUAACCUCGAAGUGCACUACGAGCACGACCCCUUCGGAGCCCUCAUCACCUUCUCGUCGAAUUUUGAAGCCAAUAGCGCCUACAAGUCGCCGGAGCCUAUCUUCAACAACCGCUUCGUCAAAGUAUUUUGGCAUCAGCCUGCCCCGAAGCCGACCCCGGUUGUAGCAGAAAUGCGCUCACGUUCGCCAUCCCCGAUGAGUGAUGAUCUCGAUGACGAUGAGUAUGAGGUGCUCACGGAAGUUCCAAAGAUUGCCCUUGGGUCACAGACUGUCUACAUGGACCCCAAGUUGGAGGAGGCGCUCUUCCAGAAGGCUGAGGAAAAACGAGCCCGCGAGGAAAUGAAGGAACGAAUGGUGAUCCUCUGUCAGCGUCAAGAGGGCCAGAAGAACGGCAUCGAUCGCUAUCUAAAAUGCCAGAAGGAAGCUGUAGAGCUCGCUCGGAAGCAAACAAAUCCCGCCGCCAAGAAGAAGGCACUGAAGCUGUGCAUGGAGUUGAAACAAAAGAUGGAAGCACUGCGUGAACAACGCAAUACCACGUUGGCCGAAAUAGCAGAACUCAAGCCGAAGUUGGAGCCAAAAGCCACCGAGGAAGCGGUUGAAAUGAAUCCUAUUGAUGAUCAACAGGAGCCCAUUGACGUAAAGCCUGCCUCGAUCGAGAUCGCAUUUAAGGAUGAGCCUAUGAUGACGAAGUCGUUG